UAGAUUGCUAGUGCGUGAAAACACGGCGGAGAUUUUCAGCUCGCUUCUUGGUUUUAGUGUGCUGUCUUAUGCUGAGCUGUAAUAAAUUUAUGCUUGUUGGUACUACCGUGUGGUAUGUGGGAGGUACCUCGCUGCACAUAGUUGCUGCAGUGCUAAAUAGUUGGCAGCACAGAAGGCAGCACAAAGAGUUCUGAUUAUGGACACUUGCAGUUGCAACGUUCCCUUGGAGGCUGUGGCAUGCUCAGUGAGCUGCAGUGACACUCCUGACACCUUCAUUCACUUGUGUGGGGGAGUGGGAGUUCCUGUGUGCUGCAACAAGCUGCUGUAGGCUACUGGCUGGGAGGUACAACAGCAUAGCUGGAUGGAAAAUAGUACUUAUGCUGCUGUGUAAACAAAACAAGAUCUGAGUAUCAAGAUGGCCGACCUGGAAGCCUACUUGUAGCUCAUGCUACUUAUGCAAAUGAGCUGCGUGUCAGUGGCUUUCCCACAGGAGGAAGUUCAUUUGGCACGUGUCAAGUUCUCAUCAGGGUCAAGAUGGAUGGCACAGAUGAACCUCAAAAAAAAGUCUUCAAAGCACGAAAAACAAUGAGAGUAAGUGAUCGACAACAACUUGAGGCUGUCUAUAAGGCUAAAGAGGACUUGCUGAAGACAGCUGAAGUUAAACUGUUAAAUGGAAAGCAUGAGAAUGGAGAUUCUGAUUUAAAUUCCUCUCUAAGCAAUACAGACUGUUUGGAGGACAAGAAGGAAGUUAAUGGCCUAGUGGAUUUUUGUCUUAACUCUGAAGAAGGAAGAAUAACUUCCAAUGAAAUUAGGGAAGUCAAAAGUCCUGAAAGUAGGGCAGAGAGUGUAGUGAGUGACCUAGAACCUAAACCUCGAACGCUGUCUCCAGCGAAUGGUACUCCUGAGCAGAAAACUGAUACUGCAGUAGCUCGUGAGGCUGAAAAUGGAGUGCUUGGUAGCAAUAAAUUCCGUGAAGAAAAUAAUAUAAAAGAUCGUUUGGACCAAAGAGAGAGUAACACUUCAUCAGAAGGUGAAAAUAAACCAAGCUGUGAUAAUAGUGACUCUUCUGAAGAGACAGGAGAGAUAAAUGACAUAACUGUUAAUUCUCAUUCAUCUGUUGAAGAGGAAAAGAGGGAUGAAGAAGUAAGUAUUGAAGAUGCUGUUGGAGAAGAAGCCAUCUCUAGCAGUAUGGAAGCUGACCAAGAACCAAAGGAUGAUACAGACAGCACUGCAAGUCUUUCAGAAACCACAGCUGAGAAGGCAAUAGGUCAGUCAAGUGGAGGUAUCCUGGAGAAUACUGACUCUAUGGAAACAGAUGAAAUUAUUCCAAUUUUGGAAAAAUUAGCCCCUGCUGAAGAUGAGCUGAGCUGUUUUUCUAAAAGUUCUCUGCUUCCAGUGGAUGACACAGCCCCAGAUUUAGAUGAGAAAAUGGACAACUGUUUGGGUUCACCAUCAAAGCAGGAAAGCAAUGAAAGUCUGCCAAAGGAGGCUUUCUUAGUACUGUCCGAUGAAGAGGAUCCUUGUGAUGAGAAGGAGUGUGCUGAAGUGAUACUAUCAAACAAGUCAAGUCUUCCAGAAGAGGUGGAGGAGGGAAGAAAGAGUGAGGAAGAGGAUAAAGACAGUGAAGACGCCCACAAAGAAGAUAAACACACAGAGAGAAGUGAAGUGUCCAGGAGAAAGCGUUCGAAAUCUGAGGACAUGGACAGUGUACAUUCUAAACGUCGUCGGUAUGUGGGAGAAGAAGAUUAUGAAGCAGAACUUCAAGUAAAAAUUACAGCCAGAAGAGAUGUUGACCAGAAAUUACAAAAGGUUAUCCAGAGACUGUUAGAAGAAAAACUUGCUGCUUUACAGUGUGCUGUAUUUGACAAGACUCUGGCAGACUUGAAAAUGAGAAUAGAGAAAAUAGAAUGUAACAAGAGGCAUAAAACUGUGCUUACUGAACUACAGGCUAAGGUUGCUAGAUUGACAAAGCGGUUUGGUGCAGCCAAGGAGGACUUGAAGAAAAGACAGGAAAACUCACCAAACCCACCUCUGUCUCCAGUGAAAGCAGCAAGUGACACUGUGAGCACAACCAAUAUGACAUACCGAAAUGCCGGCACAGUGAGGCAGAUGCUGGAGUCAAAGAGGAGUGUAGGAGUGAGCACAACAGCAACGUUUCAAGCCUCUCUAAGUACAGUACCAGCUUCCACUUUCGUUGCGCCUCAAAUACCUGGCAGUGGACAGCCUAAGCCUCAGACUCCAGUGACCUCCAGCCCCUUGACAACAACAGUUCUUUCCACAGCUAACACAGCUGCAGUUGUUGGCACAAGCCAAGUACCCAGUGGCAGCACUCAGCAAAUGUCUGUCUCAUUGCAGUCUUUGCCUGUAAUCUUGCAUGUACCUGUUGCAGUGUCAUCCCAGCCUCAGCUUCUUCAAGGCCACACAGGAACUUUGGUCACUAACCAGCAGUCAGGCAGCGUUGAAUUUAUAUCUGUACAAAGCUCAUCUACAGUUGGUGGCCUUACCAAAACUACAGUGUCUUUGGCAUCAACUAACACAACUAAGCCAAAUAACAGCCCAUCUGUGCCCAGUCCCAGUGUUCAGAGGACCUCUCCAGCCAGUGCUGGAUCUAUAGGGACAACUUUGGCAGUACAGGCUGUUCCAACUGCACAUCCUGGUGUACAGACCACAAGAACUUCUUUGCCCACAGUGGGUACUUCAGGACUUUAUAAUUCUACCAGCAGUCGAACUCCCUUACAGAUGAAGAUUCCCCUCUCUGCAUUUAGUAGUACAGCUCCUAUUGAACCACCCGCCAUUACAGCGCCCAGAGUUGAAAACCAGACAAGCAGGCCACCAACAGAUACUUCGGCAAACAAGCGAACUGCUGAGGGAACAACACAGCUCUCAGAACAAAAAGUAGUUCGCUGUGUGCCGUAUACCUGUGGCAUAUUUGAUGGUACAACUUUGAUCAAUUGUUUCGAAAAGCAGUUGAAACAGGAAGAGACUUCAUCAGAAAAUAAAGAAGCGGUAGAAGCAGCACAGAUGAAUUUUAACUUCCCUGAGGAUGUCCUCUUUGGCUUGGAGGAAGAGGAAGAAGAUGCUAAGAGCAUCAAAAACACCCACAAGCAGACUGGCUGGGCAGCUAACCUAUUAAAACAGUGGCUGGCCAAAAAUGGCAAGGAUCCUAGCUUUGAAUUGGUCCCAGUAAGUGAACUCAAUGAUAUUCUAAGAGAGUUCUAUUACACAAUAAGGAAUCACGAUGGAAAUACCUACAGUGUGGCAAGCUACAAGUCAAUGCGUGCUGGCUUAAACCGGCAUCUCAAAAUGCCACCGUAUAAUCGUCAGAUUUGCUUAAUGAAGGACAAAGAGUUUGCUAGUGCAAACAUGGUAUUUGUGAGUGUGCUGAAGAUGCUGCGCAUGCAGGGAAAGGAUGAGACUCACCACCAUCCUCCUAUAGCUGCUGAGGACUUGCGUAAGAUUAAACAAUCUGGUGUGUUGGGAUUGCACAGUCCCCUGGCACUCGUCAACAAGGUGUGGUUUGAUUUGCAGUUGCAUUUUGCCAAGCGAGGGAGGGAAAUUUUAAGAGAUCUGGCUCCAGAUGCUUUUGUUGUUGAGAAGGACAAGAACGGGCGUCGAUAUGCCAUGUUUAGGUAUCCUGGCAAAGGAAAAAAUGGAGAAGAUCCUCAUAAAAUGGGUAAAAUGUAUGAUAUGCCAGGGGACCCAAACUGUCCUGUUUUUUCCUUGGAGCUUUAUUUGUCUAAGUUACCUCCGGAGCCCCCUGCCUUUUACCUGCAUCCUUUAAAGCUAACAUCAGAGCAAAUGCAAGAACAGCCGGUAUGGUACAAAAGAGAACCAAUGGGUGUGAACUACUUAGGUACGAUGAUGCCCAGGAUAAGUGUGGCAGCCAGGCUCUCCCAGCGAUAUACCAAUCAUUCGCUCCGAACUACCACCAUCCAGCUACUGUGUGAAGCAGGACUGGGGCCUAGAGAAAUAAUGGCAGUGACGGGCCAUCGCUCAGAGUCUGCUAUUAGACACUACUGGGGAGCUGCAGAAGUUCGCUACAGGGCUUGGUCAGAUGUAAUGGAGAAUAAUGCCCCCAGUUACCUAUAUAGCAAGAUCCCAAAUGAAGUCGUAAAAGAAUCACUGUCUGGUGCCUCCACCUCUUCUAUAAAGCAUGUGGUUGUAGAACAAGGCAAAAUUUUAUUUCCUAAGAAAUCUGGGGUGCUACCUGGCAAUAGUUCUGUGACUUUAGUCCCUGAGGGACAUACAGCUCUCAAAUCUAAAAGCCCCAUCCUGUUGAACCACAGUUCUUCCAAGGUGUUUCUCCCCACGAACAUAGACAGUGUGAACCUAACUGGCAGUCCCCUUCAAGGCUCUUGUAAUGAACCUGUCUUCAUAAAACGUGUGAUAAAACAAGAACCGAUGACUUGAUGCUUCUGUAAUGGAACUGAUUUCGAAUGAGUUACUAAAAUGGAAAAAAUUAUCAAAUUUGUUUUUUCACUUGGUCUACUAAGGAAAUUUCUUGUGGUCUAGUUUAGCAAGAAGUAUCCUGUUUGCACUCCUGAAGGGAGCUAUGGAACAGAAACUUAAAACAGAGCAGGGCUUGGAGUUUGUAUGACUUUCUGUGGCAGCUGGGACUUUUAAGUGGCUCAGCGGAGCUAUUUAAAAAAAAACGAAAGGGGGAUAUUGAUUUCCACUUAGCUGAAGAGCUAUGCUUUCUACACUAAGUGCAUGGCUUUUAUAUUUUGUGAAGAGUGUAUUUAUUACACUACUCUGUGCCUGCUGGCACUACUGUAGCAUCUUACAAAUCAAAUACUUGAUUACUGGAAAUCACAGAGAAAUGUACAAGCUGAAUGAAACAGACAGAGAUAUGCUACAAAUAGAUACAUAUGCAUGAAAACACCUGGAAUUGCUUGACCACUGUCACUCUCUUUGUUCAAAUUGUUACCAGACUUGCCAGAGGAUUGUGCUGUUUUUGUUGUUGUUGUUUUAAACACUUAAAAUUUAUUUCAUCUGUGAGCUACAGAUUUCUGUUGCAGGGCCGUCGUUUUCCUCUUUCAGAUUUCUGGCUAAGAUUUCAUUCGUUCUGUUCUCCAAAAGCACUAUUUGAUACAAAUUUAUACUAAAAUUGAUAUCUCUUCAGUUGUGCAUGAAAUGAGAAAAAUGUUCUCAAAAGAGUUGAGAACAAGUUUAUUGCUUAAAUGGCCAGUAAUUAGAAUUGAAGUGUUGUCUCUGUGUGCUUAUCUUAUGAGAGGUGUUUUUUGUAUUUCCCUCUCACCAUCCCCUUUCUUCCAUUACGUUUCACACUGCCUUUGCGGUAUAGUCUUUGUGAGUAUAAUAUGACAGUCCAUCAGAACUAUUUCUCAGGAAGUAUGUCCUGUUCUUUCCCACCAAACGCUAUCAAAGCACUCUAUUUAGUUUUAACUUUAGAUUAGUUCAUUAGUCACUCUGAUAAACUGAUCCUAUCAUUACAUUUUGCAUAGGAGGUUUUGACAGGUCAGAAAUCCUCACAGGGAAGUGGAUAUGAAUUAUGUCUGAGAAAUGAAAUUGUACUUUAAAAAGGUUCUUUAAUGAAAAAAUUUACAAACCACGAGGGCUAGUCUUAGUUCAUUUUUAAUGAGCCAUACUUGAGAACCUGACUUGACUCGUGGUUUGUCUCUCCUUUUCUAUGCCAUGAAUUUUCAUUAGAGACUCUGACAAAUUGAGAAAUAUUACUAUAAAUAAAAAUGAAAAUGUGGCCAUCAAAUCAUGGUCUAGGUUGGGAGAAGAAACAGUAUAGCAUUUAAAACUGCUUUCCGUUAUAUUAACUGAAUAAAAUAAGAAUGGCUUCAUCCUUUUGAAAUGCAUGCAUACAUACUUUUGUGUAUGUAUGCGCACAUAGUUUAUCACAUUGAGGACUUAACUGGAAGUGUUUAUGUUGCUCAGUAGUAGAACAAGCUAGAGAAAUAUUCCAGCUGAAAUAAUAAAUUUGCCAGGAAAAAAAUCUUAAUUCUUUGCAGAAUUUCCUUGCUGAAAAAGACUUCCAAAUAUGGAAUGUGAUUUAGCAUUUUGUCAUAAUCUGAACAAACAUCAAGCCGAUGCCUGACCUUAGCAAUCUUUAUCUUGGCUGGUGAUGAUUAUCUUUGUGGCCUUGGGUAGAUCAGUUAUACUUACUGCAUCAGUUUUCUGCAGCGUAAGAGCAGCGUGGAGUGUUCAACUUUCUGCUUGAUCUCAUUAAAGAUUAAGAGGUUUUGAGAUUGCUAUAUACAUCUUAUGUAUUUAUUUUAUGUUUACAGUCAGUUUUAUUUGCUGCUGUUAUAAAUGAACAAGCAAGUUGAUCAGGUAUAAUUCUAAUAUAAAAAUUACUUCUGCCACACAGUCCUACAUUUGCUUAGUUGCAGCAGUAGCUUGUGACAUCAUUGACUAUAGGAAGGAAAUCACACACCCAGAAUUAUUUUAUCAAGCAUGUAAUAAAUCAAACAGAAAUGGCAAAGCAAUCCUUUCUAGCAACUAGAAAUAAAAAUUGAAAAAAAACAAAGGGCAAACAGUUCUCACAGCAAAGGAGAAUUAUGUGGUAACUUAUUCUAAGAUAUUUUAGCAUAACAUAGGUUUUCAAAUUUUAGAGCUUCGUAGAAUUCAUAAUUCAACUAGACUGGCAGAUUUCAUUUCUUGCUUGAAAAGAUUUGCUCCAAACUUUCACCGAGAUGGAAACCUAUUACUUUCUCUGGCAUAGAAAUUUCCUAUUGUCUAGAUAGUUCCUUGUUUUGGCAUACCAAAGUUGAACAUUUAUCCUGCAGAAACAAGAAAAGUAUGUUGCCAGGAGAUCGUUCUUUUUUUGUUCCCUCUUGCUGCAUACUAUUAUGGUCAUACUGACCACAUGCCUUGCUCUGGUCCUAACUGCAUCUGUGUAAUUGACUGUAACAGCAUAUUGCUAAUAGUUUCGUUCCUUAACACAAAUCUAGUAGGUAAUUCGAAUGGAAAAAAAAGGACUCUUGUGGCAAAUCUGGGCAUGUCUCUGAUUCAUCUGAACUACUGUUUAGCUUCUAAUUUGACUUCCAUUCUGUUGGAUGCUAAUUAAGUAUUUUUAGCUUCUCAUUUGCUAAAUUGUAAUUUUACUGACACCAACUAUAUACAAAGUCUUCUUACUACCUUCAGUUUGAACCUGAUACUUCAAAGCUACUGACUGCAGUACUGCUAUGUUUUUAUUGUCAUGUGAAAGUAAAAUUUUUUGAAACUGAGGAAAAGCAUUCCUAGUUUGGGCUGGAAGUAGGAUUGCUUUGAAAGGGUUGGAGUCGUUAAAUAUUGGUGGAAAGCUUAAUAGAACGAAUUCUAGUUAGUAGAAUGUAUUUCUAGCCUUCUGCAACUGAAAAAUCUUCCCUUUGCCUCCUCCCACUCCAAGUAUUAAAUGGAUCUUCCCUACAUGUAUUUCUUCUCUAGAAAACCUGAAGUAGCCAAACAGAGCAGGUGUUUGGCUGCUUCUGUAAGGUCAACUUUGCCCAUGUGUGCACUAAUAUGGGUGAAGUGGUCUUCCCCUCCUUCCUCCCUCUCCUUUUGCCCUGUUUUUCUUUUCUGAGAAAAUUUUAAAUCAGUCCCAUUUUUUACAGUACAGGGGUGCUGAGUUCAUUAAAUCUAUCACAAUUGCCAUGAAUUGGACUCCUCGGUGGCAGUAUCAGCAGAGAAUCUCAAACAGCAUGAUAACUAAGUUUGUUAUUUUUUGUUUCUCUUUCCAUUGUAUUUCCAUUACACAGUAGAGCAUAUUAGUGAACCAACAGGUUAAGUACAGUUUGUUUGUUGUGAUUUUUAAGGCACCAUUGGUUCAAAUCUUAGUAUUGAAUUGUUAGUCAUCAUUUAAAAUUCACUUUAAAAAUGAAUAUAGCAAAUACACAUUGUAGUAAAUUUAUCAUCUGUCACUGUUGAAUUUUUCUAAUUAGAUUGUCUUGUAAAAUUCAUUUUUCAUUUCAGUUGAAAAAAAAAAAAUGCACUUGGGCUUAACCAAGUCAACUUAAUUUGCUUUGUUUUGUUUUCCAACAAAGGCUGCCACAUCAGUGAUUAAAUUCCAUUUUCCAUGUUGGAGCUGAUUCUGAAAACGGGGAAAUGACAGUGACCUUUAAUAAUAAAUAUUAUUAGUUUAUCAUCUCAUUUUCACAAUGAAGCUUCAGUGCGUGUGUGUGUGAACUUGUGUUUUCUGUGUUGUUUUUCCUUGUAAAUUUGGAAAUCUCUGCUGUUGGUUGCUUCAAGGAGUGCCCUAUUUUUUAUUUUUAUGAAGUUAGUGUAGUAUCUGACAGUAUAAGUUUUUUUUCUCUUAUUGCUAUGUAAGCAAUUCAUCCCCACUGUAAGAUACUGUGAUCUACAGUGUGGGAGAUGAAGAAGGUAAAUGUUCUUCACUGUAUGCACUUUUCCUGUGCCCACUGAAGAGCUCAGUUGUGCAGAAUGUCAAAUAUCUGAACGCAUUGGAACGAUGCUUUGAAGCGGAAAGCUUUCUUAGCUUUGUGGUUUUAGUCUGGUACAUCUCUGGUUAUCCUCCAGAAUCAUGCAGCUUUUCAGUAGUUGAACAUUGUCUGGAUUAGUAUAGUCAAAGCUAUCAGUAAGCAGCUUGGUGGACGCAUGGUUUUGCUCUACUGCUCCCUUUUCAGCCUUCCACUGCUUCUUGCUCCAAAAGGGGUGGUCCCAGGGAUGUAGGAGGGGGCGUCUUACUGUGUUUGUGGUAGUCUCUGAACUUCAAUUUUUUCCUGUUUGCACAGAAAUUUAAAGCACACUAUUCAGUCACAGUCAUUUUGCUAAUGGCCAUUCCAAUGCCUCAGGUCCCAGAACUGCAUUUCUGAACACAAGACAAGCACUUUUAAUGUAUUACAGUACAUACUAUUGUUACAGAAAGGCAUUUUUAAUUAUAUAACAAGUCUUUAUAAUGGUUUUAAAGUAUUUUAUUAUGAAUCCCAGUUAUAGAUACAGGAAGUAUAUAUAUAAGAUAUAAUAUAUAAAUAUAUACAUGGCAUACUGAGGGAAUCUAUGAAAGUGAUUUAUUACAUUGUGACAAAAUAACAGUGAGCAAACUUGAAUGGGGUUGGAUAUGUUAAAAAUGGCUGUCAUAAAAUCAGCCUGUUCAAGAAUGAGUAUGUUAUAUUUGUUGUACCACCAAGUCAGGCAAAUAGUCUUUUCUUGUUCCUCACUCUGCGUGCACCUUAUCCUCUUACGGAGCAAAACAGUCUAAAUUUCAUCUGUGCAUUUCACCUUUUCAGCUAACAUUAGGUUUAAAAAACAAACAAACAAACACCAAUGUCCAAUCCAUUUCCCAUUGUUUCUGACAUGCCUUGAUUUGUUUGGUUGUCUACAGUUUAAUUUAAGCCAUUUUGCUGACUAUUGGAAGUUUAUCUGGUAAAAUGUUAAUAAAAUACAUUUAU